AACCUCGUAGCCAAUUGAGAGAAAAAAGAACGAAAAACUACGACGACUUUGUCCCAAUCCCAACAUCCCAAACGGCCAACCCCCAUGUGACCCGUCUUCAUCGUCUCCACAGUUUCUUGAGAGUCUUCUUCUUGAUUUUGUCACCUCUGGAUUCAUGUUCAACCCACGAAUGAAAUGAUAUCUCCGUUUGAACGUUCAUCCUGGCCAAGAAUAUCCAUAUCGAGAGUCCCAGGAUGAUCGACGUUUCGAGCUUCGUUGAAGCAGCCGGCGAGUUUCCCGGGUCCUUGAGGGGUUCCAGGAUUUGGGUUCUUUGAUGGGACGACAGAACCACAAGUUUCGCUCUGAUCGUGGAUCCAGACAUCUCUUGCCGAGGUUCCUGCAAGAUAUGAAGACAAGAAGGAUCUUUGGCUUCUCCAUUUCCCUCAUUCUCAUCAACAUGGCCUCAAUAAUGGAGCGAGCCGACGAAAAUCUGCUCCCAUCAGUCUACAAAGAAGUCAGUGAAGCCUUCAACAUUGGGCCGGUUGAUCUUGGUUACCUCACAUUCAUAAGGAACUUCGUGCAAGGGAUAGCUUCGCCUUUGGCAGGUAUACUAGCAAUCAAUUAUGACCGGCCCACAGUUCUAACAAUCGGCACUCUGUGUUGGGCACUAUCGACUGCCGCAGUAGGCGUGAGCGAGCAUUUCACACAAGUCGCAUUCUGGAGGGCGGUUAACGGGCUUGGGCUAGCAAUCGUGAUACCAGCUCUCCAAUCUUUCAUAGCAGAUAGCUACACGGAUGGUGUGAGGGGCGCAGGUUUCGGAUUCCUGAGUCUUAUCGGUUCAUUUGGCGGUGUUGGAGGCGGAGUUCUGGCAACAGUUAUGGCUGGUCAGGAUUACUGGGGCAUACCAGGAUGGAGAUGCGCCUUUAUUUUGAUGGCGACCCUUAGUUCGCUUAUCGGGUUUCUUGUUUUCAUGUUCGUUGAUGAUCCAAGGAAAGUGAACAGCUUUGCCCCUGAUUCCAGCAAGAGCCUAUAUGGAGGUGAUUUAACAGGGAAGGAAUCAGAUGCGAAAUCGGUUUGGAUGGAGACCUGGGCUGCCAUGAAAUCUGUAAUAAAAGUACGGACCUUUCAGAUAAUUGUAUUGCAGGGAGUCGUCGGGAUGUUACCAUGGACAGCAAUGGUUUUCUUCACCAUGUGGUUCGAACUGAUUGGUUUCAAUCACAAUAGCACAGCAGCGCUGCUCAGUCUAUUUGCUGUGGGGUGUGCUGUCGGGUCGCUACUUGGUGGUGUCAUAGCUGAUCGGCUGUCAGUUAUAUUCCCUAAUUCGGGUCGCGUCAUAUGUGCACAGUUCAGUUCCUUCAUGGGAAUCCCCUUCUCCCUGUUCCUGCUCAGAGUGAUUCCGCAAAACACCGACAGCUGGUUCAGCUUCGCCGUCACCUUACUCCUGAUGGGCUUAACCAUCAGCUGGUGUCUCACGGCGGCCAAUGCCCCCAUGUUUGCCGAGGUGGUUCCCGCCAAACACCGAACCAUGAUCUAUGCAUUUGACCGGGCCUUUGAAGUUUCAUUCUCCUCCUUUGCUGCCCCUCUGGUUGGGAUUAUGUCAGAGAAGAUAUAUGGCUAUGACGCCAAGUCCAUCGAUCCAAUCAGGGGUUCUGCGAGGGAGGCUUUUGCCUUGUCGAAGGGGCUCCUGUCAAUGAUGGCUGUGCCAUUCGGUCUCUGUUGCUUGCUCUACACUCCCUUACAUGUGGCCUUUGGGCGUGACCGCGACAAUGCCAGGAUUGCCAAUUCAAAAGAGGAAGAGAUGAUGUGAAACACAGUCAGGAAACUAGCAUGGCAUAAUCUUCAGUACAAUCGGUUGAGGUGAGGUUCUCAGGUGGACACAUUGGAAGCCUGGAACUUAUGGCAAUGGAGCGAUAGUGCUGAACAAGAUUCACAAUUGGUUUUGGCCUUUCGGAAGGAAUACACCAUGUUUGUGGUCUGUAAAUCUUGAGCAUUGCAAAUGUUUUACCGGAAAACUAUACUUUGACGUUUUCACUGCUGAGAAACACGGGAGAAAGACACUUCGGUACAUGAUAGUUCCAAACAGUCUUUUGAAUCUUCUUUUUCUCGGUCUCAGAACGACCAUCCUUCAAUGGAUUUGAGCAUGUAAAUCAGUUGCCUGAUAUGCUCCUCAUUAGAUUCCAGAACGUAGAACUUGUGGUCAAAUCAAGCUAUCAGGUAACCCAUCGAAAAUGAAGGAUGAAGAUGUAUGAACUGAACAUGUUUUCUUGACUGCUUCGGAGUGAACCCUCGUCCUGCACUGAACAUCAUCUGAACUUUCGGGGUAUCACGUUUUCUACAUCUAUGUAACUUUCCAUGAACUCGUAGUAAAUGUCAGAAGACCAUAAA